AGAUGUAGUGUAACUUGAAUAAUGUGAAGUUAUGUCAAAUCAAGAAGUGGUCUAUACUGGCUCUCCGUCCUCCUCGGGGACGGAUGACUCGCAUUGCGUAAUGUCUGAUAAGGUUCAAACAUUAGCCGGUGGAAUCUAUCAAGAAUUCGAACGUAUGAUAGCGAAGUAUGACGAAGAUGUCGUCAAGAAUCUCAUGCCCCUGGUUGUAAACGUGCUUGAAGUACUGGACUUCUCCUUUACGGAAAAUCAAGAGCAUGAAGUGGAACUCGAGCUCCUUCGCGAAGAUAACGAGCAAUUGGUGACCCAGUAUGAGCGUGAGAAACAACUGAGAAAGUCAAGCGAAGCGCGUGCGCUUGAAAUAGAGGACACCGUAGAUGAAGAACGGAAGAACUUGCAGAGUAAAGUUGAGUCCCUGGAAUCGAUUGUCAGAAUGCUCGAACUUAAAUCGAAGAACUCAUCAGAUCAUGUUGGUAGAUUGGAAGAGAAAGAGCAAGAAAUGAAAGGCGAAUAUCAAAGAAUUCAUUCAAGAUACACAGAGCUACUGAAAACCCAUAUGGACUAUAUGGAGAGGACAAAAAUCUUGGCAGGCGUAGACAGAAUUGAGCAAAUGGGAGGACCAGGAAAGCCAAAAAUGUUGAAUGUGCAAAUGGGGUUGCGUUCCUUGGGGUCAGCAUCUUUUGGAUUUACUUCUCUUGAAUCCCAGCCUAACGUGAAGAGCGUUCAGUCACCUGUGGAUGUUGUCCCGGUUGGAGAAGCAGAAGUUCCUCGUAAUUUACAAGCCGAGUUUCAGGCGAAGAAAGAUACCGAAUCUGACCUCGAGUCUAGUUCGGAAAUGCCGAAAAUUGCCGAUGAUGCGCGAGCUCCGACCGAGCCACAAGCCGACAGGAAAAUAUUCUCAGAGCCUGCUGGACGUGUUCCCCCCGUUUUCGACAUGAAACGGAAUACCGUGGAACGUGCUCCGUCUUUAUAUCAAGAGCUCAGCUUCCAGGACGAGAUCUUGGGAGAUGGAGAAGACAUGACAGCAAUUCUGGCCGAUGGUUUUCAAUGCGGAAGCCCGAGUUCGUCCGACGGAGACGACGAUGGCUAUCCGGGGUCAUUACAUGCUCGAGAGCGAAACCGCGGAGAAUCGUUAGGAAUGGGAAAGGAAGUUGAAAACCUUAUACAAGAGAACAACGAACUGCUUGCGACGAAGAAUGCCUUGAACAUAGUGAAAGACGACUUGAUAGCACGUGUGGAUGAACUUACGAGCGAGCAUGAAAUUCUACGAGAAGAGAUUGGCUCGUUGCAAACAGUGAAAGAGAAGCUAAAAAGUCGCAUCCAGGAUCUCGAAGAUGAGUUGAAAAAGGUGAAAGAAGAAGCUGCUGAGGCUAAUGCGAAGCUGCUUAAAUCGGAAGACGAAGACGAGAUUCCGAUGGCGCAAAGAAAGCGUUUUACACGUGUGGAAAUGGCACGAGUGUUGAUGGAACGAAAUCAUUACAAAGAACGGUUGAUGGAGCUUCAGGAAGCCGUCAGAUGGACCGAAAUGAUUCGUGCGUCCAAACACGAUGCCGCGCAGGAAGCUGAGCGGCACAAAAAGCAAUCAAUCUGGAAAUUUUUCAGUGGAUUAUUUUCCCCCGGCCCGAGUCCUGGUAACGGACGAGGAGUCCAGAGACGUCCGCUCCCCUACGGAAACGUUCACUACAACGCGCCGUCUUCCCAAGUUGCCCCAGCCCCUCUGGAAGCUAUGAGACGUCGCACAUUAGCCGACAGGAAUGCCCACCGUCGCUCCCUCGACUUCCUCGACGGGUCCAGUGACAAGACACAACAACGUCGGGCGUUAGAACGCCGGGAGCAGUACAAGCAAGUACGUGCGCAUGUGCGUAAGGACGACGGACGAUUGCAAGCCUAUGGUUGGAGCUUGCCGGCACGGCUGUCGACUUCGCAGUCGUCACCUGCCAUUGCAGCUUGUGGGGAUGAAGGCGUCGUGACAGCAUCGUCAGGAUCUGCGAGUGCUGGCUCUUCACCCGAAAAAACGCAGCGUGCGUCGAGUGUACCGGUUCCAGUACCUGUUUACUGUCGUCCGUUGACGGAGCGUGAUCCGAAUAUGAAGAUAUGGUGUGCUGCUGGAGUAAAUUUGACGGGCGGCAGGACCAGGGACGGAGGCUCGAUUGUUGGCACAUCAGUCUUUUAUUCGGAUGCAUCUACUGCUUCGUCGUUGGAACGUUCAGGAGAAGAGACUGGUGAAGAAGCUCUGGCGGAUUCCGCGAUUGAAGCCAGUAGUCGAGAAUCAGUGUCUGAUCAACGUGCUGACGACGCUGUUGAGAAGCUGGACCAGGAGCUAAGAGCAAAGGAGCGAGCGUUUAUCGAAUGGGAAGAGUCAGAGAAGCAGCUUUCUUCGUUGGUCUGGAUUUGCACGUCGACACGAUCGUCCUCUCGAGUCACUGUCAUUGAUGCAAACAACCCAGCUGACGUGCUUGUGUCAUUUACCGUGUGUUCGUCGCACUUGUUGUGCAUUGCUAGUGUUCCAGGGGCUAAGGCAGGUGAUUACGCAGUUUCCGAUGAACUUCCCCGUGAUGUUAAAAGUGAUGGACACAAGGAAGAUGAGUCCACUCUUAAUUCAUUGAGUCACCACCGGGUCUCCAGUGCUGGAGUUGACGAGGAAGAUAAUUCAAAAAUCGGUGGCAUCACAUUCGUCAGUUGUGCAACUGGCGAAACGAGCACUGUUCCUUCACCGCCGCCAGUUUCCCCCGUUCAUGAUGACGAAGCAAAGCCAGUGUUGCGCAGGUUAUCAGCUGACGCAGUUCCUGGUUCGCCGACUGCCGGAGGUGAAGAGCAAGAAAUCGGAGAUAUUUGUAGUAACGCUGAAGAAGCUGACGAACCGUCUCCGCCGAGACGACUUUUGAAAGAACCUCAGGGAAUCGUGAAAGAUGGUUUGACGAUGAUUGAUAGAGGAAAUGUCGCCGUUUAUGAGACUGUGGAGAAGAUGAGCAGUGUGUUGCCAACUAUGUGGCUGGGUGCCCAAAGUGGAGCAUUAUAUGUGCACUCAGCAGUCGCGCAGUGGCGUCGGUGUUUGCAUUCCAUUAAACUUCGGGACUCAGUCCUGUCAAUCGUACACGUGAAAGGAAGAGUGUUGGUGGCGCUGGCUAAUGGUACAUUAGCAAUGUUUCAAAGAGCUGCAGAUGGACAAUGGAAUUUGAGCAACUAUCAUCUCUUGGAUCUUGGUCAACCUUCACAUUCCAUCCGCUGUUUGUCUGUCGUGCAUGACAGAGUAUGGUGCGGGUAUCGAAAUAAAAUUCGCGUUGUGGACCCUCGGCUUUUGGCCGUGCACAAAACCUUCGAGGCUCAUCCGAGGAAAGAAAGUCAAGUUCGAGGCCUUGCGUGGGCCGGGGAUGGGGUUUGGGUAUCGAUAAGACUUGAUUCCACGUUACGGUUGUAUCAUGCGCACACAUACCAGCAUUUACAAGACGUCGACAUCGAACCCUAUGUAUCAAAGAUGCUUGGUACCGGAAAAUGGGGUUUCUCAUUCGUUAGGAUCACAGCAAUGUUGGUGUCGUGUCAUCGAUUGUGGAUCGGCACUGGCAACGGUGUCAUCAUAUCUGUGCCUUUGUCUGAAGGUGCGGAUGAAAACAGCAACGGUGAUGUGGAUGAGGAAGGCAAGCGUUUGUCGGGAACGAAUGUGAAGAUAUAUUCGGACAGUGAGGAUAAUAUCACGCCGGGCUCGUAUAUCCCUUAUUGCUCACUUUCCCAAGCGCAGCUUUCUUUCCAUGGACAUCGUGAUGCUGUCAAGUUUUUUUCGGCAGUACCAGGGGUUGGGGGCAUGAGUGCUGCUUCUUCAACGAUAAAUCCCCUGACUUCUCCAGGAAAUGGACAUCCCCCGUUGAUUCGUGGUGGACCAAAGGCCCAUCCAAAAUCUAUGCUCGUCUUAUCCGGAGGAGAAGGCUACAUUGAUUUCCGGAUAGUGGACGACGGCGAAGACGUGGCGGCGGACUCUGCGAGCCACCUGAUUAUUUGGCAAUUGCCGUUCGCGCGAGGCGAGCACGGUGAGAAGCGGAGGUUGACACGGACUCUGGCAAUUGCGUCGGAACAUCAACAAGUUUUGGCCAAGUGUGACGACGAUGACGCCGGAGACGAAAACGAAGAACCCGAGACUAGCCAACCUGUGCUGCUUUUCCUUCAUUUGCUUGCGUUCAAAGAUAAUAUUGACCAGCGCCAUCUAAAUGUGAAUACCUUGUCCAUGAUCCUGCCUAAUCGACAAAGAUUUCCUUUGAAGUGGUGUAAAUUCUUCUUUCGGCGUACAAGGGACACAGCUGAUGACGAGGAUGGAUUGAAGAGUGUGGAAGGCGGGCUUCUGCCGCGUCGGAACCCGUUGUCGAGGGGUGACAGGAGUCACCUCAUCGUGUGGCAAGUGUCGCUGGCAGACUGACACUCGCGAGAUGAUUGCUGCACGAGAGUUUUCCUAGCGAGAGGCAAUUGAUCGUCAGUUGCGUUUGUGUUUGUGCGAAGACGUGACCACGUUAUUGUCAAAGUGAAGUGGGAUGCAUCGAGAAACUCUCUGGGAGUGAUGAUUGUGGUAUUCCGGUCCCGCGGGUGUGCGUUGGUCACGAUCGCAUUCGGUUCUGUGUUUUGCACGCGAUCCUUUUUUUGUUUUCUGUAAGUUGGAAGCGUCCUGAUGGAAUACUUGUGAUUUGUUCGGGUUUGUCCUGAUCGUUUCGUCGGUCUUUCCGAACUACCUUGAGCUUCUUCGAUACGAGGCUUGCUUCGCUCCUGAUUCUAUCACCGUAGUUCACAUUCAUUAAGAAACCGAACUUGUCUCGAAAGGAUGAGCUUAUCGUUUGGUUAUAGGUUGGAUAUUGUAGGGCUGUUGGAAUGGUAUCUCAAAAGUCCUGCGAGUCAGUAGCAAACGUGCGUUACAAGCUCACGAAACUUUACUUUUGUAAUGUGAUUUUUUUUUCUUUUUUGAUGCCACAAAAUAAGGAAUUAAUUCAUCAUCACAUUACACGCAGGUGAAGUUGAGAUGUCUGUUUUCAUCGGAAUGUUUUCCCCCCUUGAUUCGGAAAAUCGAUAUCGCAGUAAUUGUCGCAAAAAAUGUGCAUUCACUUAGCGAGUCAGCUAGUUAUUUCUGUGGGAAUCCGAUUGACGAAUAACUCGAAAAGUCUUCAAGUAAUGUGUGCACGCGAAGUUUCUUGCAGGGAAUUCCCCGUAUGCGCAAAAUUUAUUUGCGAAAUCCUUCUUUUGCAUUUUUGCGGAAGAACGUGAAGUUUUGUUUGUUGCCCAAAAAAAGUUUCGAAAAGAGAUACAGUAGUUUUGUUUCAUGCUACUGCAAUUACCUUCAGUGGGUGACUUGCAAGAUUUUUGAGGUAACCCUAGUGACUUCGUCUGCGUCAAUCAUUUGCGCAGCUGUAAAUCCACUGAUUUCUUUUCGGGGAAAUGCAGAAAGCUUGGAAGGAACGGUUUUAAUUGCAUGUCGUGGUCGGUGUCAACAUGUGAAAGCGAAUCGCUAGUCGUAAGUUCGAGAAAACGAAGGCUUCAAAAAAGUUUUUACCGAACCUUUUCUAAUACUGUACUUCAUCUUUGAAUAAGAUGCUUAAUUUUAUUUCUUUCACUCCGUGGGCCUGAUGGAUUUUAAAAGCAGGAUUUUUUUUCUCCUGCUGUUGCUUUUGUAGGGGAACGUUCAGUGUGAAACGAAACUUGGGAGUCUAGUCAGAGCUCCGUUGACCCGUUUUCAAUCCUUCUUUUUGAGCUUUUAAAUCAAUUUGUAAGCAUUUAAUACUCCAAGAGGAAAUGAGGAAGUGUUUCCAGUGGAAUACCCUAUCGGUACAUUCGUACUUAACAGCGUUUCGGUGUUGAUCGGUGGUUGGAUUUUUGUUUUCGAAGGAUUGCGUUUUUUUACGAAAUUAACCCGUGGACGGGUGAUGACGAGGUCUUUUCGUUCUGGUUUUAUUAUUUAUACGCGCGAGGGUUUUCUGAGCACUUGGGGAGUAAACGAUUAUUUUUGUGACGCGCUGGUUCGGUCGUUCGUGGAAUAACGACUCGUAGGGUAUGCUUAGCAAAGUGUAGCAGGUGCAAGACUUUUUGAUUCCCUUGACAAAUGCGCGGAAUGGAAGUAUAUUAUUUUUGCUCUCAAUA